AUGCUAACCUUCAUAUGUUAUAGUCUUCUGUAUCACUUGAAUAUCUUUCUUUCUUUCUUUCUUUCUUUCUUUCUUUCUUUCUUUCUUUCUUUUCAUUAUAAUAAUCAUUCUAUCCAAAAGUCUUUGGUAAUUCAUGCUAACCUUCAUAUGUUAAUGUCUUCUGUAUCACUUGAAUUUCUUUCUUUCUUUCUUUCUUUCUUUCUUUCUUUCUUUCGUUCGUUCGUUCGUUCGUUCCCUUUCUUUCUUUCUUUCUUUCUUUCUUUCUUUCUUUCUUUCUUUCUUUCUUUGACUUCUUAUUCUGUCAUCUUUCUUUCACAUUGUGGCCCCUUUCUUCCUAAUUCUGGCCUCCUCCUUUUUUCUUUUUUCUUUCUUGCUUUUUUCCCUUCUUUCUUUUUUUCUUAUUCUAACCUCUUUCUUUCUUUCUUUUUUUCUUUCUUUCUUUCCUUUGGUACUAUCUAUCUAUCUAUCUUUUUUUCUUUCUUUCUUAUUUUUUUCCUCCUUGUUUUUUAUACAUCGGUUUGCCUUCUUUCUCAAUUUCCCUGUCUUCUUUUCCUUUCUCUCUCUUUCCCUCUCUUUUUAUCUUUAUCUCCCUAUUUAAUUUCUUUCUUUUUUCUUUCUUAUUAUGACCGCUUUCUCUCUUAUUCUGCCUCCUUCUUCCUUAUUCUGGCCUCCUCCUUUUUUCUUUUUUCUUUCUUUCUUUUUCCUUCUUUCUUUUUUCUUAUUCUGGCAUCUUUGUUUCUUUGCCUCCUUCUUCCUGAUUCUGGCCUCCUCCUUUUUUUCUUUUUUCUUUCUUUCUUUUUUUCCUUCUUUCUUUUUCUGUCAUCUUUCUUUCAUAUUGUGGCCCCUUUCUUGCUUAUUCUGGCUUCCUUCCUUCCUUAUUCUGACCUUUUCUUUCUUAUUCUAACAUCUUUCUUUCUUUCUUUCUUUCUUUCUUUCUUAUUCUGA